GUGGCACCCCCUUAAAACUUGGUUCACUCUUUUCAGUUUUUGGAAACAAUGACAAGAGCAUUGACAAGUUGUGACUAUAUGGAGAAAAUUCAGCAUUUCAAAAAUUACUAGCUUCACUAUAGAAAAACAUUACCAGAAAAACAUAUAUCUAUCUACCGAUCGUAGCUUGAUAACACCAAAUCAUGUACAAAAUUAAUAUGGGAGCCAGCAAGAUCGCUGCUAAAACGCGUGGCGGUCUGGCUCAUAGUCUCGAUAAAUUCGACGGGAUCAAGGAGAGCAGCAAGACGAACGGGAGUAUCGAUCUAAACACGACCACGGAGCACAACAAUAUCCCACGUCCAGUAUUUAAAAAGCGUAUCUCGAAACGUACUAAACCAACCAAGAAAAACGAGAAUGGAGUGAUAUCAUCGCAGAAUGAGGAACUCGUAAACUAUAUAAAUGACUCAUGGAACAUGUUAGUGGGACCAAAUCCUACUGAUGCGACCCCAACAGCCGACCAGACAAUUGGUUCUGAGGAAAGCACAUUGGCCAAUACACAGGCUGCCACCUCUUCAUUGGCGACUGUUUGGAUAGAGCCCCCUAGCCCAGACUUGGAAGACUUUAAGCCCUUCGAUCUGGAAUCCUGGUGGAGUCGCCGCUUGUUCGAAAACAUUACCAAAGACCUCUAAGAGACCUCCAAGAGUAUCUUAAGUUGAAGUUAAGUUAAGUUGUACGAGUAUGUCAAAUAAUAACAGCAAUAAGUAAACUGAAUGUUCUUUCCGUA